AUGGAAGAAUUGGAGCGGUGGUCCAAGAUGCAUCGCAAACAGUUUUACGGAACUUUUAUCUUAUUAUUUUUCUACAUUGUACAUCCUACAUCGUCAAUAAAUAGUACAGUACAAAUGCAACCACCUAGGUUUAGCAUGCAACCAUCAUCAUCAAAUAGUAUAGUUCGAGAAGGUACUACAAAAAUCUUACAAUGCUCUGCAAUGGGCAUACCGCAACCAAUGUACAGAUGGUUGCGGAAUGGGGUACCACUCAGUGAUUAUUCAUCAGAGUUGUUUUAUAAGAUUCAUAAUACCCAGCGGCAGGAUGCCGGAGCUUACCAGUGUAUAGCGAAAAAUGAUGUCGGAGCAAUAUUCAGCGAAAAGAACAACAUUGUCGUCGCGUAUAUGGGUGUUUUUGAACCUGUUGCUGAAACAAUAGUAACUGUCGAGUCUGGUAGAGCGGCAGUAUUAGCAUUUCCUAAGAUAGAAUCAGAACCACCGCCAUCGGUCAUAUGGCAAGAUGAGAUUGGUGCUCUGCGAUAUGACCAAAAAUAUGCUGUCACCAACAAACAUGAACUUGUAAUCUUGUGUACUUCACAUGAAGAUGAGAAGGCGUACAGAGUACGUGCUAUAAAUACGCAGUUAGGAAAAGAAGAAAACAGCCCAUAUAUACAACUUAACGUUUUUGGCAAUGAUAGUAAAGAAAUACCUCCAGAAAUUAUCAUAAAACCAGAAGACACAAAGAUUGUGAAAGGACAAGAAUACACAAGUCUAUAUUGUAUUGCAAACGCAAGACCAUUACACGAAUUAGAAACCUUGUGGUUUAAAGAUGGGAUUAUGAUUGAUUUGGCUGGGGUUACGUUCGACUUAAAUGAUCAGUGGAACAGAACGCUCACUCUUAUAUCAGCGAAUUUAACGCACACAGGAAAGUAUACAUGCCAGGCUAGACUGAAAACUGGAGGGUAUGCUACUGUCACGGCUUCCGCUUAUGUCACAGUCUUGGAAAAGCCAGUGUUUUUGUCUAAUUUAAAAUCGGAAACUUUCGGUGAAUUCGGAAGUACGAUUGUGUUGGACUGUAACGUGCAAGGUAUACCAUUACCUAGCAUCACUUGGUAUAAGGAUGCUAGAAAAAUUGCUAGUGUUGGAGCAGAUGCCGAAGAAUCUGACAAUCCAGACAUAGAUGACGGCGGUGGAAGAUAUCGAGUGGAAGUGGAUCGUUCUCUCGUCAUUAACAACCUUAAAAUGGAGGAUACUGGAAUAUACCAGUGCAUUGCUAGCAACGAAGCCGGCGAAUCUUCCAUUUAUACGUGGCUCAAGAUUAAAAUGAAGGACAAUAGGCGGCUUCCACGAAGUCACAUGAAGUUAAUACGAAUGCGGACCUCCGAUAAAAAGGCAAAAACGUUCAGAUUUGACACCGGCACGUCCCCGCCCAUAAUGCAGACUCCGCCGAACAACCUGACCGUGCUCGAUGGCAAGGACGCCACCAUCACGUGCCGCGCCGUCGGAGCACCCACCCCCAACGUCACCUGGUACUUUAAUGAUUCUUUGAUCAUAAACUUGUCGGCACGACUGCAAGCACUUGAAGAAGGCGACUUGUUAAUUACAAGUACAACGAACGCUGACAGUGGAAAAUAUACCUGCGUCCGAUCCAACGAUGCUGGGAAUGUAUCCGGGGAAGCGUAUCUUACUGUACUAGUUCGAACACAAAUCAUAGCUCCACCUGUAGAUACACGAGUGUUAUUGGGUCACACGGCAACACUACAAUGCAAAGUAUCGAACGACCCGAAUGUGAAGUACAAUAUUGAUUGGUUCCACAACAAACAACCAAUGACAGCUGGUUCUCGGGUGUGGGUAUCAGCAGAUGGAGCGCUACAAGUGCAGGCCGUGCGCGCCAGUGACGCGGGCGAGUACACGUGUGUAGUGACGUCGCCGGGCGGGAAUCACACGCGACAUGCUGUGUUGUCCGUCAUCGAACUUCCUUUCGCUCCUACAAAUGUAAGAGCUGUCAGACUAGAUGCCGCAUCACAGCGAGCCGUUAACGUAUCUUGGACUCCGGGCUUCGAUGGAAACUCACCCAUACAAAAAUUCAUUGUACAACGACGUGUUGUUCCCGAAUUUGGUCCUACACCUGACCCUUUGCUGAACUGGGUAACGGAGCCGGUGAAUGUCUCUGCAAACCAACGUUGGGCUCUACUCACCAGUUUAAAGGCCGCUACAUCUUAUCAGUUUAGGGUAUCUGCCGUAAACACCGUUGGAGAAGGCCCUGCUUCUGAUCCUACUGAUGUCUUGACAUUGCCACAGGAAGCCCCAUCCGGUCCCCCAGUCGGCUUUAUGGGAUCAGCGCGGUCGUCUUCAGAGAUCAUAACACAAUGGCAGCCACCUCUAGAGGAGCACAGAAACGGUCACAUUUUGGGUUUCGUUAUACGAUAUAGGCUUAGGGGCUAUGACAAUAGCCCGUGGACCUAUCAAAACAUCACGAACGAAGCACAAAGAAACUAUCUCAUUCAGGACUUGAUCACUUGGAAAGAUUACAACGUACAAAUAGCUGCCUACAAUGAUAAAGGCGUUGGUGUAUUUUCCGAUAGUUAUACGAUCAAAACUAAAGAAGGCGUGCCCGAAGCGCCUCCGGAUAGUGUUCGCUGCGAGGCGGUUAACUCUACAGUCAUAAAGGUUUGGUGGACUCCUCCAAACCCUCAGAAAAUUAAUGGUAUAAACCAGGGUUACAAAAUGCAAGCAUGGAUUUGGGACGAGAAUGAAGGGGCUAACGUCGAGCAGAAACUUGUCAGUGUACCUCCCAAUCUCUUGGAUCCUUUGACUGAACAAUCAGCGAUCAUAACGGGACUUGAAAAGUUUACAAUGUACAACAUCACGGUUUUAUGCUUUACGGAACCCGGCGAUGGGCCACGCAGUGAAUACGUGCAAGUUAGGACGAAUGAAGAUAUUCCAGAUGAAAUAGGAAGUCUACUUUUUGAUGAUAUAUCGGAUCGUGCAGUAAGAGUAUCUUGGACAGCUCCUAAAAAAUCAAAUGGUAUCUUGGUAGGUUACAAGCUGUCCUAUCAGAUGAAAGAUAGCAAUGAGACAUUCAAAGAAGAGGUGUUGCCACCAAACGUUACUAGCAUUAGAGUGGAGCACUUACAGGCUAGCACACACUACAGAUUCUGGUUAUGUGCUAUGACGGUGGUAGGCGAGGGGCCGCCGAGGGCCGCAGUGAUCCAGUCGGGCGUAGAACCAGUGUUACCUGAUGCCCCUCGCAAUCUAGCACUCUCCAACAUCGAAGCCUUUUCUGUAAUGCUGCAGUUCACACACGGAUUUGAUGGCAAUUCCUCUAUUUCACUUUGGACAGUACAGGCUCAAACAGCACGCAAUUCAUCUUGGGUGACUAUAUUCGAAGUGAACGCGCCGGACGCUCAGUCGAUACAUGUGACUGGUCUGGUACCAUUCACUACGUACAGACUGCGAUUAAUUGCCACCAACGUGGUGGGCUCGUCACCACCCUCAGAGCCGUGUAAAGAGUUCCAAACUAUCCAGGCACCACCACAACAUCCACCGAAAAACGUCACUGUACGCGCAGUUAGCGCCACCAACCUACGCGUCAGAUGGAUUCCUCUACAGCAAAGCGAAUGGUACGGUAAUCCAAAAGGCUACAACAUAACGUACACGAAGAGUGAUAGUAACGACACAUUACACAGCAUAAUUGAGGACCACACAGCCAACUCACACAUACUGUCUAAUUUGGAAGAAUGGUCGGUGUAUGAAAUACGAAUGACUGCUAUAAACGAAGUAGGCACGUCAGCUGCUAGUCCAACUGCUACAGAGAGGACAAGGGAAGCAGUUCCAUCUCGAGGUCCCACCGAUGUAUCAGCUAAUGCGACCUCAUCAACAACCGUGGUCGUCCUUUGGGGCGACAUACCGCCAUCAGAACAAAACGGUUUAAUUGAAGGAUACAAAGUGUGCUACGCGGCGGUAGUGCCACCGCCUAGACCCGAGCAAAAGAAGGUGGAAUGCCAAGCCGUGCCAUCAAACCAAACUCACACUAUAACGCUAACCGAACUGCGGAAAUACGUAGUUUAUCAAAUUCAGGUGUUGGGUUAUACCAGGCUAGGAGAUGGAGCACUGAGCGACCCUCCGAUUACAGUCAGGACUUUUGAUGACACUCCCGGUCCACCCUCCAACGUAUCGUUUCCUGAUGUGACAUUCACGACCGCGCGCAUCAUCUGGGAUGUACCAGAGGACCCCAAUGGAGAAAUACUAGCGUACAAAGUCACAUACCAUCUAAACAGCUCCACGCAACACGUGUUCUCUAGAGAAUUCUUGCCUUCGGAUCGAACGUUCAGGGCGACGGAGUUGGUGUCGGAGCGAUACUACCAGUUCGCGGUGCGCGCGCAGACGCGGCUGGGCUGGGGCGCCACGGCGCGCGCGCUCGUGCUGACCACGGCCAACCGCGCCGCGCCGCAGCCGCCCGCCAGGCCCAACGUGGCGCGCUCUCUGCUGCAGCCCCAUCACAUCACCUUCUCCUGGACCCCCGGGGACGACGGCUACGCACCGCUCAGAUACUACACUGUACAACAAAAAGAAGAUGGAGGGACAUGGCAAACAAUUCCCGAGCGUGUGGAUCCCUUCGUGACGUCAUAUACUGCUGAGGGUUUGAAACCAUUUACGGCGUAUCAGUUCCGAAUCCGCGCGACCAAUGACAUCGGGCCGAGUCGGUACAGUAACGCGACUGAAACUGUUCGAACAUUACCUGCUGCACCGAGUAAAGCAGUUGAGAACCUGCACGUGGUGCCAAUAACCCCGAACAGCGUGCGCGUGCAGUGGUCCCCGCUGGGCGACGCGCACUGGAGCGGCGACACGCGCUCGGGCGGGUACCGCGUCCGGUACCAGCCGCUCACUGACUUCCCCACCGCGCUGCAGCACGUCAUGAAGCAGGACGUGCCUGGCACCAAGAGCGAGGAAGUAGUCCUAACGGACUUGGCAGUGGACCGCAAUUACGAGAUCAGCGUGUGCGCGGUGAACUCGCAGGGCGCGGGCCCGAGCGGCACGCCGGGCGUGGUGUGGGUGGGCGAGGCCGUGCCCACGGCGGCGCCGGCGCACACGCGCGCGCGCGCGCUGUCGCCCACCGAGGUGGCGCUGGCCUGGGCGCCGCCCGCGCCCGCGCAUCACAACGGGGACCUGCUCGGGUACAAGAUCUUCUACCUAGUGACCGAUUCUCCUGAAGAGCCGGAACCAGGCCGACGUAUAGAGGAAGAGAUCGAAGUGGUACCUGCUACAGCUACUUCACAUUCACUCGUCUUCCUUGACAAGUAUACCCAAUAUAAAAUACAGGUGCUUGCGUUCAAUGCUGCCGGAGAUGGUCCUCGUUCAACUGCAGUGAUGGUCCGUACCUUGCAAGGUCUUCCGUCGGCUCCGCGCAAUAUAACGUUCACAGACAUUACAAUGAACAGUCUCGUCGUGUCGUGGGACCCGCCCUAUCGUCGCAAUGGCAUAAUUCAAGCAUAUCUCGUAACUUAUGAAACUAUAGAACAGGAUGAACGUUUCAGCAAGCAAGUGAAGCAAAAAGUGACAGAGCGACGGCUGGCGGUAGGCGGGCUGGAGGAGGAAGUGGAGUACCGGUUCAGCGUGCGCGGCGUCACCGACGGCGGCGGCGCCGGCGCUGCGGCCGACGCGCGCGUGCGCACCGGGCCGCAGCCUGGCUCGCCGGCCCCGCCGCGCGCGCUGCUGUUGCAGCCCGAGCCGGCCGCGCUGCGCCUGCGCUGGCUCAAUGCGCCGCCGCCCGCCGCGCCCGCCUCGUCCUCAACCUCGCCGCUCGCCGCACCUGUACUAGGAUACUACUUUGAGGCGCGCCGCAAAGAUGACACGAGAUGGGAAACUAUCACCAGAACCAGCAAUGGAAUGUUAGAAGAGUUCACUAUAUCAUACCAAAGUCUUCUACCAUCAACGGCGUACUCAUUCCGGGUGAUAGCUUACAAUAUGUAUGGAAUCAGCAAUCCAACGUACAGCGACAAAGUCAUCGUCACACCGUCAAAGUUAUACUUAGAGUAUGGAUAUUUACAAUAUCGGCCAUUCUAUAGACGCACUUGGUUCAUGGUCGCGCUAGCAGCUGCGUCAGUUAUCAUCAUAAUAAUGGUCAUUGCAAUUCUAUGUGUGAAAAGCAAGAGUUACAAAUACAAAAAAGAAGCGCAAAAAACUCUGGAGGAGUCUCUAGCGGGAGAGACCUCGGAGCGUGGCACGCUGGCCAUGGAGCUUUACCGAGGGCGCCAGAACUCGUGCGGCAGUGCCGGUGCCGGCGCCACGCUGCGGCGCGGGGCCGCGCUACCCAAGUCCCCGCCGCGGCCGGCGCCCGGCUCCGUGGCCUACCACAGCGACGAGGAGAGCCUGCGCGCCUACGACGAGAACCCUGACGACUCCUCGCUUACCGAGAAACCUUCGGAGAUGAGUUCGUCCGACUCCCAGAAUUCGGAAAGUGAAAACGAGAGUGUAAGAUCGGAGCCACAUAGUUUUGUAAACCACUACGCUAACGUAAAUGAUACGUUACGUCAAUCGUGGAAGAGGCAGAGACCGGUGAGGAACUACUCAAGUUACACGGACUCGGAGCCAGAAGGCAGCGCCGUGGUCAGUCUAAACGGCGGGCAAAUCGUCAUGAACAACAUGGCGCGCUCGCGAGCUCCGCUGCCAGGCUUCUCCUCGUUCGUAUGA